AUGAAUUGCACACUGAAGGUGGCUCGUGGCUUGAACUACUGCUGGAGGAGGCUGCCGCAGUCGCAGAACCUGCCCAGCCAGGUGCGACUGCUGAGCCACCGGCGCUUCGACUCCAGCUCGCAGCCGCAGCUGCACAGGUUCCAUAACCUGGCCAUGGAGGAGUCAGUGGAGCAGCCGAUGGCAAGCAGCGAGCGACGCGUACCUACGAUAAAGACGCCGCGCUUCAACAUGACCGACCAAAGAGUGAAGCGUCCGCUCACCGACAUGAACAAGGAAAGGGUGAAGCGUCCGCUUAGCGACUUGACCGACCAGAGGGUGAAGCGUCCGCUGACCGACAUGACCGACCAGAGAGUAAAGCGUCCGCACAGCGACAUGGACGUCGAAAGGGUGAAGCGUCCGCUUACCGAGAUGGACGUUGAAAGGGUUAAGCGUCCGCUUACCGAGAUGGACGUCGAAAGAGUUAAGCGUCCGCUCAGCGACAUGACCGACCAGAGAGUGAAGCGUCCGCACACCGACAUGGACGUCGAAAGGGUGAAGCGUCCGCUUACCGACAUGGACGUCGAAAGGGUUAAGCGUCCGCUUACCGAGAUGGACGUCGAAAGGGUGAAGCGUCCGCUGACCGAGAUGGACGUCGAAAGGGUGAAGCGUCCGCUUACCGACUUGGACGUCGAAAGGGUUAAGCGUCCACACAGCGACAUGGCCGACCAGAGAGUGAAGCGUCCGCUUACCGAGAUGGACGUUGAAAGGGUUAAGCGUCCGCUUACCGAGAUGGACGUCGAAAGGGUUAAGCGUCCGCUUACCGAGAUGGACUUUGAAAGGGUGAAGCGUCCGCUCACCGAUAUGGACGUCGAAAGGGUGAAGCGUCCGCUUACCGAGAUGGACGUUGAAAGGGUGAAGCGUCCGCUCAGCGACAUGGCCGACCAGCGAGUGAAGCGUCCGCUCAGCGAGAUGGACGUCCAACGGGUGAAGCGUCCGCUCCGCGAGAUGGACGUCGAAAGGGUGAAGCGUCCGCUUACCGACUUGGACGUCGAAAGGGUGAAGCGUCCGCUCAGCGACAUGACCGACCAGAGAGUGAAGCGUCCGCUCAGCGACAUGACCGACCAGCGAGUGAAGCGUCCGCUCACUGAGAUCGAAAGGGUUAAGCGUCCGCUCACCGAGAUGGACGUCGAAAGGGUGAAGCGUCCGCUCAGCGAGAUGGACGUCCAACGUGUGAAGCGUCCGCUUACCGAUAUGGACGUCGAAAGGGUGAAGCGGCCGCUCAGUGACAUGACCGGCUAACGGGUGAAGCUCGACCGUGUGCAGCUUCUCCGAACAGUUAGACAGCAAGUGACCGAGCUACGGGUGCGCAGGCGUCACGUGUUCACGGCUCCCUGCUUGACUUCAUAAGGGAUUCUAGGGCGGCGGCUAUGUGAGAGCGGAGCGGCAGCCUUCCCAGCGGACUGAUGCAAGACAAAGCGAUCCAUCGAAUUAUUCAGAAUUAAAAAUAGAGAUGCUUUCUUAAAAUGCUCAAA